AUGCACCCGAGGCAGUUGUUAUUUCUUGCAUUAUUAUGGGGUUUUAUGCUGUUUGCAUAUGUGUAAAGUCGGUCACUGAAGCAUGUAUUGCCAUACACGCCGCUGUCAUCUGUAACUUAACGUUUUACGGUGAAAUAUGGAAGUCAGUUAAUGCAGUUUCCUAAAUCGAUGCUUGUGCAUUACCAAACACGUUAUGGCACAAGUUGUUCACAAUUUCUAAAGUGUACACAGUAUACAAGCAGGUGAAUGUUUUGUCUAUAUUUAGUUGGAUAUUUGACAUCUGGGAAGUUGCGCUAAUUAUAAGCAUGACACUUUCUGGUUAGUACAAAGUUCUCACGAGUGAAGGAUAGCUGGUAGAGAGGUACCAGUGAUUAUACUAAGUUGCUUCCUGUUAUUAACUUUAUGAAUGGUGAUCCAGUCUGCCCCACGUCACCACCAUGAUAUCUUUGCUGACAGUGGUUCAAAUGGUGUGAAGGACACAGAAAAACACAGACAUAAGGAGAUGAAAAAAUCUCACCAUUCGAAAUCCCAGCCAAAACUUCAACCAAGUGGUUCAGAAUCACAGGUUUAUACCUUUCAUGAAAGUUCACCUUUUGAUUCCACAAAAUACUCAACAUCUACCUCAUCUCUGGAAGCAGCACAUCACAAGAAGCGUCCGAAAACAUCACUUCCCAAACCAAAGGAGCAAGACAUGCACCGGCAUGAUUUAAGCGACAUAAUGCCUAAGUCACAGGCCAGUCAGUCGACACUGGAAGCUCUAAUGGCACGGAGCCCUGUCUCACAAGACCGAGUGAUCCACAUCUCUAGCCGAGCAAGCCCUGUGGGAUCCUUUGUCCCAUCACCCCCACAUACAAAGAGUGCCUCUUUAAGCAGAGAUAUAUCACCAUCGCGAAUCACGCAGCAAGUUGUGUCAGCCCUGUCUGAAAGUUACACCCCACCCCUGCUUCAUUCUGCCCUCACAGGCAAGCUGACACAAUCCCCGGCCAGUUCUCCAUCCCCUCCAAACAGAACCGUGGUAAGAACCGUUCCACCAUCUCGGGAACAAGAGCAUCAUGGUCGACUCAGUAGUCAGACGAUACGACACUUACAAGAGUCUCAGCAACGAAAGCCCCAGACCAUUAGACAGCCGGGAGUCCACAUACAGAGCAGACUGCCACCUGGUGCCCAACCAGUGGAAGGUCCAGCGGAGCAUAUAACGUUUAGAUCUGUGUCACCAAAAUUUAGACAAGUAUCUCAUGAAGCUCAUGUGGAAAGAGUAGUGUACAGGUCAGUUUCUCCCAAAAGCACCCCGAGAUCUCAAGUUCCAGAUGGUGAAAGAGGAGCUCUGUCGUUCAGGUCUGGGUCUCCUAAAAGUGUUCAGUCAUCUCAUAUUGUUGAAGGAGUUCCAUUUCGAUCUGUAUCCCCGCGUCGGAGCCAUGUGGCUCAUCCUGGAAGACCGAUAAAGGAUGAGCCGAGGAGUUUCAUCAUGGAAGGUCAUAAUAUAGCUUUGUCGGCACAUGGUUCGACUCCACAACAAACUGACUUAAACAUGCCGAUGUAUACCAGCUCUGUUUUGAACAGUGUUCCUAACACUGUUGUCUACUCGCAAUCUUUUGGUCGUGCUCCACCUAUAUCAUCAGUGGGUACGGUGUCAUUAUCAGGGUCAAUUCCAUCAGUCCGAGAGGGACCUCCUGGAGUUAGAAUAGUUCAUUCAUCGGAGGGUCUACAGAAAGUCAUUGUGUCAUUGGGAGACAAUCCAGGGCAGAUGUCUCGUGGAUUGGCUGAAAGAUUAGAAGCUGAGCUCCGAAGUCAUCAUCAAAGUCACCGACGCACACCCUCACCUGUUCCUCUGUCUUCAGCUAGACCAUCCAAAGAGCACAUACCCCCUUCACCCUAUGCAAGACAUCCCUCUUCUUCACCUCUGACAAUCCACAAAACUCCAUCCCCGUCUCAUGCAGGACAUCGAACCCACGGACACAGCUCCUCCCCGCAGUCAAUCCACAGGACGCCCUCACCUUCCCAUGCGGGACAUCGAACACAGGGACACAUAUCCCCUGUGUCCCUUGCACAGGGUAAAGUGUCACCCGUGCCAGCUCGCAAUGUAGUGUCCUCCGCUCACAAGAUCCACGGCCAUGUCUCUCCAGGCCCCCACAGCCAAGACAAAGGGUCUGUCCUGGCCCAACCUCUUGGACGCUUCUCACCCUCGCCCACAUCAGUUUACCGGGGUCAUGUGUCCCCUGUUCAAACCCCGGAGCAGCAGAGAAUGGGCAGCUCUCCUCCCCACGCUCACAAACACCCCGAACUACCCCCCACAUGUCGGUCAGGACAACCGGCUGUCGAUCUCACCAAAACACAUCACAGAUAUGCCAAUGAGCGUAUCCCUUCUCCACUACAAAGACAAAUUGAUAUGCCCUCAGUGCUACCAUCAUCCAUUGCUCACAGUUCAUCUCAAGAAGCCAGGUCAGUAAAUGUACUAUUUUCACAAGCGCAGGGAAUCAGUGUUCCACCCCGUCGAUAUCCACACGAAGGGCAGCAGGAAUCAAAGAAAGAUCAUAAAACAGAUAUCCGCCAUGACAUACAACAUACUUUCCAGCCUGCCAGCCAGGGCCAGCCAUAUUCAACUGCAGGGGAGAAGCAGGUAGCCUCCUUUCAGCUACAAACCAAGCCAAGCCUUUGCCCCCAAGUCAAGUUAACCCGUUCACCUUCCCAGUCAAAGUGA